AGACUCAUUAUGAGGGAGUGCCUGUCCAUCCACAUUGGCCAAGCGGGCGUGCAGAUGGGCAACGCCUGCUGGGAGCUGUACUGUCUGGAGCACGGGAUCCAGGCCGACGGAACCAUCCCCGGGAAUCAGGCCGCCCAGAAGGUCUUGCCGGAAGCGGAGCAAGUGGAUUCCUCCUUCGAGACCUUCUUCUGCGAGACCGCGUCCGGGAAGCACGUCCCCAGGGCGGUGUUCAUCGACCUGGAACCUACUGUUAUUGACGAGAUCCGCACCGGGGCAUACCACUCGCUCUUCCACCCCGAGCAGCUGAUCAGCGGCAAAGAGGACGCGGCCAACAACUAUGCCCGGGGCCACUACACCAUCGGGAAGGAGAUCAUCGACACGGUCCUGGCCCGGAUCCGCAAAAUGGCUGACCAGUGCAGCGGCCUCCAAGGGUUCUUGGUGUUCCACAGCUUCGGCGGAGGCACAGGGUCUGGCUUCACCUCCCUCCUGAUGGAGCGGCUCUCGGUGGAAUACAGCAAGAAGUCCAAGCUGGAGUUCUCCGUGUACCCUGCCCCACAGGUCUCCACCGCGGUGGUGGAGCCCUACAACUCCAUCCUGACCACCCACACCACCCUGGAGCACUCCGACUGCUCCUUCAUGGUGGACAACGAAGCCAUCUACGACAUCUGCAACCGGAACCUCGACAUCGAGCGCCCGACCUACACCAACCUCAACCGGCUGAUCGGGCAGAUCGUCUCCUCCGUAACGGCUUCCCUGAGAUUUAACGGGGCCUUGAAUGUGGACCUGAUAGAAUUCCAGACCAACCUGGUGCCUUAUCCCCGCAUCCACUUCCCCCUGACCACCUACGCCCCCAUCAUCUCCGCUGAGAAGGCCUACCACGAGCAGCUCUCUGUGCCCGAGAUCACCAACGCUUGCUUCGAGUUCUCCAACCAGAUGGUGAAGUGCGACCCUCGCCGAGGCAAGUACAUGGCUUGCUGCCUGCUCUACCGGGGGGACGUCGUGCCCAAGGACGUCAACGCUGCCAUCGCCGCCAUCAAGACGAGGAGGUCCAUCCAGUUUGUGGACUGGUGCCCGACCGGCUUCAAGGUGGGCAUCAACUACCAGCCCCCCACCGUGGUGCCCGGGGGAGACCUGGCGAAGGUCCAGCGGGCCGUCUGCAUGCUGAGCAACACCACGGCCAUCGCGGAGGCCUGGGCCCGGCUGGACCACAAGUUCGACCUGAUGUACGCCAAGCGGGCCUUCGUGCACUGGUACGUCGGGGAGGGCAUGGAGGAGGGGGAGUUCUCCGAAGCCCGGGAGGACCUGGCCGCCCUGGAGAAGGAUUACGAGGAGGUUGGGCGGGAUUCUGCCGAUGGGGAGGAAGACGAUGCUGAGGAAGAGUUUUAGAAGGAGCGUGUAUCUGAGCCAUUUCUGCAUGCAACCAGGUGAAGGAGGAAGGCAAAAACCUAGGGUUCUGUCAAAAGUAAUAAGGAUUCUGGUGGGAUUUCUUAAAUUUUCUAACAGACUUCUGUAGUGUGAUGAUUCUUAACACCCUGUACUUUGUCUAGACUGCACUCCCUGUAGCCUGUCUAAUCUCGGCGUCCUGCCUUUAGAAUUAUGUGACGCAAGCAUGAGUGUGCCUUGAGGAUGGGGCUGAAGAAGGCACUGUAUUCGGGCCGUUUAACACUUCACGACACUGCUCAGCGACCGGGGGGUCCCCUGUAUUAUACCGCAAUGCAAUAUUCUGCUUCUUUGUACUUUAAUAAAAAGUUGAAUUACUCUAA